AUGCGGUCAUGGUGGCAUCAGAAGGUUGCUGUGGUGCACAAAAGGCCUCAGCGUCAGAGCAGCCCUAGGCCUUGCUCAGUGCAGGAUGCUCAGUGCAUCCUCCUGGUUGAGGCACGUGUCAGUGGGCAGCUGCACACUGACAAGAGCCUUGUUUUUUCUCGUGUUGGAGUGAAUCUGCGCAGCAGUGCUACAAUGAUUGAGCAAUUUGCUGCUGCAUUUGUCACUGCUUACGGCGUUUCUUAUUCCGCCUAUUACCUGACUAACCUGGCACGUCACGUGAAGCAUGUAUUCAGUGGUGCUGAUGCUAAGAUCCUUCCAGAGAAAGAGCAGGAGCAGAUUGCCUUAUCAGAGAUGCCAUGCCAGACUCAGGAAGAGCUGAGAGCCCGAGAGCAGGAAGAGCAGCUCAGGCAGCAGGUGGAAGAGCCACAGGAGAAUGGCCAGAAUAUCAAGGCAGAGCCACAAGCAGAGCUGCCCGAAGCUCAGAGUGCCAUCACGGAAGUGAAGAAGAGGAACCAGGAAGACACGAGAAGAAUUCAAGAGGAGAUGAAUCUCCAUCAGCAGAGGGGCGAUCAACAAAACCAGGUGAGUGAAAGAGUGGCAGCCACUCCACUCAUGAAACAUCCUCUCUCUUGUAUUUUAGAGAACUUGAAGGAACAGCUGGACACAGACUUUCAGAAGGCUCACGCUAAGAUCAAGGCAAGGGAGAAGAGGCAGGAGGAAGAAAUGAAAAUCAUCAGAGAAAAAUUUAAUCCCCUCCCUCAGGCUCUACAAAAGCAAGUGCAAGUGUUGACAUCUCACCGGGCAGCCGGCAAAGACUUCCGGCAAAUGAGUGGCACUGAAGAGCCCCGAGGCGUGCUCUGA